UUCGAGAUGAGAUGCAAAAGGCAUGGACUGCCGGACAUGACGACGAAUCGUCCUAUUCAACCUCCUUCUCGUCCCGUUCAAUUCCCGCCCUGUAAACCCUAACCUAACAGGUUCUCUUCUCUCUGAUUUCAAAUCCACGUUUCCUUCCAUCGCCAGAGAAUGGCCGCGGAAGUGACUAAGCUGUUGUACGUAGUGGUGGUGGACGGGGAGGAGGGGUGCGAAGAGACUGGGGAUGGGGAGCUGAGAGUGAAUGAGAAGGAUGCCUUCCGGUACACCCGUUCCGUUCUACAGAGUACUCUGCAGCUCAUGGGAUGCAAACCGAGACAUGCCUUUAAGAUCAGCAAAAGGGUUUUUGAGAAGAUCAGAAGUGAAUGUACAGAUGUGAUAUCAGUUUCAGCGUGUACAGACAUAUUGGAGCAACAUAACCUAAAUGCAUACCAUCAUGAAGAGAGUGAUGUAAGCAUGAGGAAAUCAUUUGAGUUGUAUAAAAAAAGGACAACUGUGGUGGUUAGAAGGAAAACAUUUCUCGACGUUGUAAGUGAUGCUCUCACCGAAUACAAGUACGUGGGCCCACAUCAGAGGGCUGAUCUAACUAUCGCGUGCAGGAUACGUGAAAGAAAGGAAUCUGUUACUUUGCUAUUGUGUGGGACAAGUGGAUGUGGAAAAUCUACUCUCUCCGCUUUGCUGGGAAGCAGGCUGGGAAUCACGACUGUGAUAUCCACUGACUCAAUUAGGCACAUGAGGAGGAGCUUUGUCACUGAAAAGGAAAACCCCCUACUUUGGUCUUCAACUUACCAUGCUGGGGAACAUUUAGAUCCGUUAGCUGUUGCUGAAGCAAAGGCCAAAAGGAGAGCAAAGAAGUUAGAUGGUUAUUCUAUCCAAGCACUACAAAAGGAUGCUACUAUUGCCACCAAUUCUAUCAGUCCAAAACAAAUGGCAAUUGAAGGAUUUAAGGCUCAGAGUGAGAUGGUCAUUGACAGUCUCGACAGGUUAAUCACUGUGUGGGAAGAUAAUAAAGAAUCGGUUAUUGUUGAGGGUGUUCAUUUGAGUCUAAAUUUUGUGAUGGGUCUAAUGAAAAAACACCCUUCAAUCAUUCCUUUCAUGAUUUAUAUUGCAAAUGAAGAGAAGCAUCUGGAACGAUUUGCAGUCCGUGCAAAGCACAUGACACUAGAUCCUGCUAAAAACAAGUAUGUCAAAUAUAUACGUAACAUCAGGACGAUACAAGAAUAUCUCUGCAGCUGCGCUGACAAGCAUCUGGUGCCAAAGGUUAACAACACUAAUGUUGAUAGAAGUGUAGCAUCUAUUCAUGCAACAGCAUUCAGUUGUCUAAGGAGGCGAGAGGCAGGGGAUAAGCUUUAUGAUCCCUCCACAAACACAGUUGCUGUUAUUGAUGAGGAAUACAUGAAUCAUCGUGCUGCAAAUUCAUUGAGUUCCAAGGGUGUGCUUAAACUACUUCAAAGAAAUGGUUCUUCUAAGCAUUUGAUGGCUCUUCUCAAUAACGAUGGUUCGGUGGCAAAGGCUUGGCCAAUAUACUCAUCAGAUACCAAUGACAAAUUACUCAUCGACCAUUAUGUUAAGAGUGGUGAGAUAGGCAGUCCUAUAUAUGGACCAUUGCAUGUUCAGAACGCUGAGCCUGUCAAUCUGCAGUUUGGCUACUUUGGGAUUAGUGAUUGGCUAAAUGACACUGGAUGUUCAAGCCGUGCUAAUAGUGUGGAUGGAUCAAGGGGUGAGCUGACUGACAAUGGCAGCAGGUAUCAUUCAUCUUCCUGCAGUUCACCAAGGUUCUGUGAAGGACCUUCCAAAGAGCUCAGAGAGGAACAAUUUGUGAAUGGUAGUGAUGAAGAAAUUGACGAACUGCCUGAAAUAGACAGUGAUGAGGAUUCUAAUGAAGAUUUAAAACAUAUUCAUGAAGAGCUGGAGGGGUCUGUGGAUGAGGAGUCUACAAAAUCAGACGAGGAGUAUGAUGAUCUUGCAAUGCAGGACGGUCAACAGAUUGCUGAAUGUGGCUACUGCUCUGAUAAGAAUGAUGAAGAAUCCAAGAGGUUCGGGUCACGUGAUAAGAUAGUACCCGUAUCAGGGGACGGAGAAGGUCAUGCCGCCAACUUUGAUGGAAUCUACCAGCAAAAAACGAACGGUCUUUUCUCUGGAAGUAGUGAAUGCAAAUCAUUUUUUGAGGAACCGUCACUACUCCACUGUAGUCCUCUUUCUCCUCUUCGAGAGAAAAAUGAGUUGAUGCCAUCUCCAAAUUUCAGCAAUGGCAUAACGGGAAAACGUUGUCAUGCCAUGUCAUCCCUGGAGAACCAUUUAUAGUGCCGCGAUGCUACAAAGUCUUUCCUUACCAUUGUAUGUCUUGCUGCUGUAUGUGCAUCUCCAUUACCUGUUUUCAAUGUGGAGAAGGGGGGUUUUGGUGGAUGAAUGAUCACAUUGAUUUGGGGUCAAGGUUUCGGUAGAUGAAUAAUCCGUUGUACUUGUAGGGGUAAGGUCUGCGUAUCGUACACCAAUCUUAACAAACCCAACUAUUGGGACCUUGUUGGGUUGUUGUGCUCGAGUAUGUCGGUUGUUGAUUGUCGAAGAGGGAAUAACACUUCUUACUUAUU